AUGUUUUCUCGGGCAAACCUCGUUGUCUCGGCCUGGGCUGUGCAGCAACAAUGGACCCAAGUUCGAAAUAUGGCAACUUUGAAAGAUAUUACCAGGCGACUGAAGUCAAUCAAAAACAUUCAGAAAAUUACCAAGUCUAUGAAAAUGGUAGCAGCAGCAAAAUAUGCCCGAGCAGAGAGGGAGCUGAAACCAGCUCGAGUAUAUGAAGUCGGAUCUCUCGCGCUCUAUGAGAAAGCUGAUAUUAAGGUUCCUGAAAACAAGAAGAGACACCUCAUUAUUGGUGUAUCCUCAGAUCGAGGGCUCUGUGGUGCUAUUCAUUCCUCGAUUGCAAAACAGAUAAAAGGUGAGGUGGCCGAGGUUACAGCAGCAGCUGGAAAAGAAGUUAUGAUUGUCUUUGCCUAG